AAAAUCAUGAACACCUGUCUCCUGAAUGAUAUGAGAUGUUUCACUAAAGGCGAUUUGCAACCGAGCGGAAUUUUCCUUAUGGGGGAGACAAUUUUUCCAUAUCUAGACAAUUCCUGCACGAUAACCUCAUCUCUCACAAAAGGGGGGACAUUUGAAAAUAUUAUUUUCUUUGAAGGAGUACUUAAGGGGAACACCGGCGUGAGUGAGCCCUUGAUUACAACGCCAUUUUGCAGAUUUCAUUUGCCUUGUCAAUGGUACUAAGAAAAAGCACAAUCACACUAUUCAUACGCGAUGCUGACACGAUAUUUCCGUGACGCACCACGUCUCCUGCAGCCAAACACACAUCCUCCACACUAGCGUUCGAGUCUAUUUUAACUCCAUGACGCCGAGUUAAAUUCUCGAAACGCAAAGUGUUUGGUGUCGUCAUGCUUCCAAGCAGAAGGCUGGAAGCAGACCUCCCAAAAGUAAACUAAAUAAACGCUAUUAACUUCAAUAUAAAAAAUAUACAACCAAAGCACAGAGGAAAAAGUUAGAAAAGGCACUCUUACCAGCCACAGGCGGCUAAACCACUCACACUCACCACGCUCAGCACACUCACUCCCAGCAUGCACUCGAGAGAGAGAAAGAGCGAGCGAGAGAGAGAAAGAGCGAGCGAGAGAGAGAGAGAGGGAGAGCGAGCACGCACGCACAGAGAGAGAGAGAGAGCGAACGAGCGAGAAGCCCGGAGCAAUGUAUGACGACAUCUUCAAACGAAAUUACCGUAAACAACGCAGUAGGCGCGCAUCAGAAUCUAAAUCGGGUAAAAUUUGUCAGCGGCAACACUCUCGGUCUAAUAGGGUUAUCAAUAAAACUGAAUCAAUAAAAAUAGAAAGUUUUGAGAUUUUCUGAGAUCAUUCGAAUGCUUCUAGUAAUGUGUCGUGUUGGUCUUAAAUUUUACUCAUAAUGGUCUUAAGAGGUCUUAAAAGGUCUUAAAUUUAACUUGCUGAAACCUGCAAGAACCCUGUCUUUCAGAAACAACCCUGACGAAAGAAAUGCAAAACUUUUAAAUACCUCUUACAUAAUUGGAUAAAGCAAUACUUUACUGUUUCGGACAAAAACAUGACCAAAUGUCACACUGACAUAACAUGUAAGGAAAAGACUUUGACAAUUUUGAUUCUUAGUGUUUGCAGCUAGAGAAAGGUGUGCUUUUUGAAAGGUUAAAGGGGAGUUUAGCUUGUGAUGACUUGAGUUAAUUACAUUGAGAGCAUGUGUUCGCUUUAUGAACUUAUAAUGCAAUGAAUGAUUUAUUUGGUCACUUUUGUGUAUGUUUUUACAGAAUGAUAUUGAAGUAUGUGUGGAAACAUGUAGAUUGUGUUUACCUUUAUGGAAAAUGUGUUUGUGUGUUUUGGAAUGACAAAAUGGUACCAGCUUAAGCAGUUAAGAAAAACUGUAAACCACAACAGGCUUAUAAUGGUAUAUAAGCCUGUAUAAUGGUUACAUUUUUAAAAUCCUUCUGGAUUUGUUGUCCAGCCUUAACCAUACAGUACAUACAAGUACAGUCCUUUAAUAUAAUGCUGAUACAGGAUAAAUGCAAGCUUUCCUCAUUGCUAUUGCUCAAAUGUUUUUUUUAGGAAUCUAAGACGUAGGGUUGCCAUGUCAAUCUUUCAAACCCUGUUGCAUUGUGGCAUCAUGUUUUAUAUGUGCAUGCAUGACUCACGUGAGAAAUUGAGUACAGUCUGUCCUUCUGCUGUCCUUCUGAAUGUUAUUUUUCUUUAUUCUACAUUCUUAAGCGUUUUCCUUUUUCUCUCCCCUCUGUUUCUCUGUCUUCAUUUUCAAAGUGGAGCUCCCGUCCAACAUGUCCAGAAGAAGCCUAGGUCCACUUCCAGCAAGAACACAUUCACCUUCUGCCUUAUCUUCACCCCCAUUAUCUCAGCGCUCUGAAAGAUCUAAGCGUCCAGCUCAUGCCUCAUCAGGUGCCAAACAUCCCGUCCAAUUGUCUCCCUGUCUUCAUAACAGAACGUCCAGCAUUGCACCCACACCUUCCCUUGGCACAGAGGGGUCAGGUAACUUAGGAGAUGGGGCUCAGGGCAUCCACCUGCUGUUACGGCCACCUGAUCUACUGACACCUAGCCAGAUGCCUCCUUUCCGUGAUGAAAGGCCACCAACUCCGACCCCUCCGACCCUUGUGGCACAUGAAGACCUGUAUCCCGUCCACUCUGCCGAGGUAGACUGGGGUUCUGGAGAUUAUUUGGAAACUCUUACAUUCAUGGGUUCUGAAGGGGAGGAGUUUUCACUCGUCACCACCUUUCCCACGCAUGGAUACGAUCCGUAUGAUGCUGAUGAUGACAUCACGGUCAGCUAUAACACGGCUUUCCCUUCUCGUCAGAUUCUUGCUCUUUCUUCUAUAGACCUCCAACCCAGUGCGACUGUUAAGUAUGUCACUGACUUAAGGACAGCCCAUUCUACUGAUCCCCGCCUCCCAUUAGCUCCUGACUCCUCCCAUACAGGCUAUUCGGAUGAUGACUUGGAUUUUGAUUGGGCAGAGCUUUAUCCUAUUGAGCCAACUGAGAUGCUGCUUCCUGACAUGAACAGUUUGGAAUAUUACAACACAUUGCAAGCCAAAGAAAAUGCUAGUAUUGCGAGGAAUAAGACCCAUUAUGCCCACCCUCACAUCACACCAACGCACACUGUGGUACCCACCCACAUUCCCACUGCCAUUUUGGGAGAAGGUGUGGUUAAAGGGACGGAUCAUAUCGAUCAUGACGCUCCGCAACCUAGUCCAUCUCCAACCCCAAAACCCACUAAGACUCCUAUCACAUCAACCACCAAUACUCAUCCACCCUCUGAAGUCCCAUUCACUCCAGAGAAAGGUGUUUCUUCAAUACCAACAUUUCAUUUCGGCAGAACUCGACCCUCAGUGACGACCGCCCAUCCUCCACAAGAGUCUCCGGUAACACAAGCAGUCACGCUGAAGCCCCCAGCUGCUGCGAAACCCCAUGCCACCACCAUCAAAACAGCAACCACAACUAAAACCUCAACUAUCAGCAGCCCCACUAAAAGUCCACUGCCUACAACUCCCAGAAUUCCUCUCUCCAUUGCCCCUCGACUGUAUAUCUGCAACAUCACCAAACCAGACAUGUACCUUGUCAGAGUGGGUAUGCCAAGCGGAUCAUCAGUGGCGUUUGCCAAAGCACAUGUGAGGGAGAUUCUCAGACGAGAGUUCAACCGCUCGAUAGAGUUACAGGUCCUUAAAGCCCCACCCAAUUUCAUUUUCCGGACAGUUUCUGGUCCACUGGUAUACACUGCUAUGUCAGUCAUCAAUUCUCUCCGCCAAUCAGCACAGAGCUCUUCCUCUUCAACCAUUUUAUCUGUCACACCCAUAUACGCUGUUCCAGAUUACAAACAUCAGGUCCACACAGUGCUGCAGUUUGUACCGAGUCACGUGGACGUGCGUUUCUGUAGCUUUAGCGAGCGCGUGGAGAAAGGGCUGCUCAUGGCGUACGCCGAAGUACGCAAACGUUCGCAGGAAAAUGGGAAUUUCACUGUACAUAUUGUGAAUAUUACCAGUAGCCUUCCUAAGGGUCAACGGCAGCAAAAGGCACCAGUGGACAUCACCUUUGCUGUGCGUGCUUCCCAGGGUUUCCUGACGGGAUCGGAUGUGAGUUCCCACAUGAGGCAACUCAGUGCGGUUGAGUUUAGCUUCUACCUCGGUUUUCCCACCCUGCAGAUUGCGGAGCCUUUUCAUUACCCUGAGCUAAACGUGUCCCACCUGUUACGUGCAUCCUGGGUGAAAACAGUGUUAUUGGGUGUAUUCGACCAACGUGUGAAUGAAAGGACUUUCCAGGCCAGGAUGGAAAGGCGAUUAGCCCUGCUGGUUGGGGAAGGACUUGGAAUAGGAGUUGGUAAUCGACGCUGGAGAAGAGCUGCCAGUAUUGGCAACAACAGUGUACAGAUUGUGCAGGCAUCUCGUCUGGAUGGGCUGGACUUUCCACUGGAGCUGGUGUAUUUUGUAGAGGCAGGGCCAGGAGAGCGACUGCCGGCACAGACCACUGCCGCCCUGCUCAACAGACUCAACCUGCAGAGAGCUGCUAUUGUACUGGGUUACCGGGUACAUGGUGUACUGGCCACACCGGUAGAGAAGCUGACAUUGCCUCCCUCAGAGACGCAGACCAGUAAUGUGUGGUUGAUCGUGGGUGUCGUGGUUCCAGUUCUGGUGGUCAUCCUCAUCAUCAUUAUCCUCUACUGGAAGCUGUGUCGCUCUGAAAAGCUAGAGUUUCAGCCAGAUGCUAUGAGCACCAUCCAGCAAAGACAGAAGUUGCAGCCCCCUAGUGUAAAAGGCUUUGAUUUUGCUAAGCUCCACCUAGGGCAGCAAAGUAAAGAUGACAUCAUGGUAAUUCAAGAGCCCACCCCCCCACCCCUCCCUGUUAAAGAGGCCACACCCUCGGAGGGUGGAGAAUUGAACACACCCAAAUCAAAGAGUUCAUCCACUAAAGCAUCACGUGCAGCUCGGAGAAGGGGCAGAUUGUCUCCGUCUGAUGGCGAUUCAUUAGGAAGUGAAGCAUCCAGCGGUAGAGAAUCAGCGGAGGAGAGCACAAGACCUGCGGUGACACCAAGUGAAACCAAACCUCAACAUCGCAAGAGCAAGCAUGCUAAAACCAAACUGGGUGCUCAACAUGGAAGCGGUGUGGAUGAGCAACUGUCCUCAUCUUCUAUAUUCGAACAUGUAGAUCGUCUCUCUCGUGGUUCAUCGGAUGGAACACGCAGAGUGUCCAAUAAAAUACAGCUUAUAGCCAUGCAGCCCAUGCCGAGCCCUCCCGCUCACCCGCAUAACCAAGCUCUGAGCCCCAGUCUAACAGAGAAGCUGUCUGAUGGGUCAAAGGUCAAAAGUGAGAUCCAAGUGGCCUUGAGGCACAAAUCUGAGAUAGAACAUCAUCGCAAUAAGAUCCGCCUGCGUGCCAAGAGAAAGGGCCACUACGAAUUUCCUUCUAUGGAGGAUAUCAUGGCUGCGUUCGGCGACAGCUCCGAGCAGCAGCGCAUUUAUCAGCAAGCCCAGGAGCAGAUACACAAGAUACUGCAUCCAGAUGAACAAACACCAUCAUCGUGUGGAGAGCCACGCAAGAGCUCUAGAGGUCGACGAUCUCCCAGACAAAGGCAGAGACAGAAUUUUGGUGGUAGCGGAAGUCUGAGAGACAAAGAUCGCCUCAUUACUGAUGGGGAUGCCACAUACAGGAAGUACCCUGGCGUCAACAAUGUGGCAUAUGUGUCUGAUGCAGACCAGCUCCCAGAUGCAGGUAGCCCCUCCCCGACUGAUGAGGUGUUUUUAGACCCUGGAUCUCCGCCUUCAGGCCCUGCCCCUGCCCCGCCGGCCUACGUCCCCCAUCAGCCAACCAUCGAAGAAGCCCGGCAACAGAUGCACUCCUUAUUGGAUGACGCCUUUGCUCUCGUCUCACCCUCUUCUCAAGGAAGCCCUGCCCCUUUGACAUUCACAGGCGUUACUGCAGUCACUGGUGUUGGAGGGAUCAGUCCUGGUCAACCCUCUAGCCCGUCCUCUCGCCCGGCACACCAGUGGGGCUCCUCCUCUUACCCAGCAGCCCCUGCACAUAGUCCUUUCUCUGCGAGGUAUGCUGAAUUAGGAAUGUCUCCUACUUCAGUCCAGAGUUUACUGCAUAGGCAGGCACAAGGGUACCUGCUGCCAGCAGAGAUGCAGUCUGAUCCUGGUUACUCCAGCAGGGGGCAGUUUGGAGAGGAGCUCACAUCGUCUGAUCGACCUCGACUAGUUGGGGGCAGCACAGGUGCACAGUUGCACCAGCUAACACAGGUGGGUUUGUCAAGUCGGAUUGGAUUAUAUCCUGGUGUUGGCCGUAGUGUUUCUGGACCCUCUGGAUCAAGUUGGACCCAAUAUAGAUCAGAUGAAGAGAUCUCAAGACCAGGAGCCAACCGGGAGGCUAUAUUGACAUUCCCAGAAUAUUCCUUAUCACCUGUAUUCCAGAUGCCAAGGACAUCACUGCAGGAUCCGACCACACCCCAGGCCCAUCUGGAACCCUCGAGCACAGUGUACGUCGCCCCUGAGGCGCAUUCACCACCUCCUCACUCCUCAGCUUCCCUCAUCAAAGCCAUCAGGGAAGAAUUACAGAGACUUUCUCAAAAACAGGUGGCUGUUGCAGGCUACCACAGUUGAGACAGACCAUCCCAAACCCCAGUCCUGAUGACUUCUUACUGCAGCUGCUACCUAAAAAUACUCACAUGGCUGCUUUUACACAAACCCUAACCAAAAUUGUACAAUCCAAGUACGGCUGGUCUGUUACAGUACACAUGAAUAAAUGGCACAGAUAUUCAAUAGGGAUAUUGUGAGGACAUCCACAUUUGAUGUUUUACUGCUUACUUGCAGAAAAUUAACUUCAAUACCCUCUCUUCUGACUUGCAAAUGAAAAACCAUACAUCUCUCAUCCAGACUGUUUAGAAUAGACAUACAGGCUCUCAAAUUGCAUGCUGAGAGCUGUGACUUUUUAAAGAUUUAGUGCUGAGUGUUGCCAAUGUGAAAGUCCCAAUCAGUUCCAAGUCUGUCAAAGUGCUUCCUUCCAGUGGCUCAUCUUUAUGUCUCCGGACCUGGUGCUAAAAAUCAUUUCUUUGUUCUGUUUAAUGCCACAAUUUAGCCUUGCCUAAAAAGGGGCAUCUCCUUUUGAUGCAGUCAUAUUUUAGUCUUUCCCCUGAUGUCCAUUUAUCAAAGAUGGCUAAUCAAUUGAAACAUGACUGUCUGUAAGAUGGUUUUGGGGUCUGGGUAUUGUAUUUUUUGUGGUUUUAAAAGUGUUAGUAUUUGUUAGGACUGUUGUUGCUGAAGUUACUCCACGUUGUCUUGUCUAGCUCUUGAGGGUAAGCUAGAUCAACAAGCAGCCUCUAGAAAAGGAUCCAGAUUGUUGUCAGCAUGAUUCUACACCAUUGCUUUAUCCAUCCCAAUGUCUUGUUUGAAGUAUGGCUAGGGUAAUAGUUUUCAAUGUACAAAUGAAGAGUUUGGUUCCAAAACCAGAUAACUAACUUUUGUCAAGACAUUUAGUUUAUUAUUAUGUUAUCAUGUUUUUAUUAUGCUACUUAGCUGUAUUUGUUUUAGUUAUGAAGGCUUAUUUCAAAACAAACCAACUGCAGUUUUUGAAAAGUUAUCUCGUUUUGGAACCUGGGCUGCGUUCUCCGAAACUACCUUAACGCUACGUCGUUCUAAAGUUGUACCUUAAGCUGUACCUUAUCGCUAAUACGUGUUUUCCGAAACGUUCUUAGUUACGUAUCACUUCUGUAAGUCGUUCGUUCGGAAGGUUGGUCUGGAGCACUCUUAGCUAUACCUUAUCCCACAUGACUCCACUAGGGGCUUCAUAAAAGCUUACAUUGCAGUCUAUAUAACUAAAUAUUUGUAAAAAAAAAAAAAAAACACUCCGUGUUUAAUUAGGCAAAUAUUUUUAUAUUUAAAGAAUAAACCUUUCACAUAAUUAGACAUCAUUACAUUGAUGGUUGUUAGAUUUUUAAUUAUGUUUUCCAAAGGGACAUCAACUGCGAACUAUUAAAUGCUACAGGGUUAAGAAACUAUUUAAAAAAUAUAUUUUGGGUGAUGGAGUUGGUGAAACUGGCAGCUAUACAGCGAAUCCUAUUUCAUUUGUGCAUUUCAUAUCCGUUAAAUCUUAGUCUACCGGCAAGUAUUUUAGCUGCAUAAAUAAAUCGGGUAAAAUAAAAAAUAAGAAACUAAUUAGGAUUGUUCAUGUUAUUUUUUUAAUGUUUUAUAACUUUGAGGCAACUGCAUGCCUAUGGAAUGUUUUUUUUGUCUUUUUUAAAUUAAUUAAUUAAAUUAUAAAAUAAUUAAUUAAAUUUUAAAAUUAAAAUAAAAUUGCAAAAUAUGUCCCAAAUUUGAAAAUUAAAUGCUAAAAUAAAAAUUAAAACAUUAUUUCAUUUUCAUUUUUAACGUGAUGAAGCAUCAUUCCGGCCAAAUUAAAAAAUUAAAUUAAAUUGAUGGUUUGACAUUUCAUUUUCAAUAUAAUCUUGAGUCAAGACUGACAAUAUUAAAAUAAAAAGGCAAGCUUGAAAAGGAAUCUGUAAAUAAUUUUUUUAAAAAGGCUUUUUAUUCAUGCCCAAGCAAUAAAAGGGACAAAAUUAAAAUGUAAAGUUCAGUUUUAAUUUUAUGUUCUGUUUAAAUUAUUUGUUUUCAUUUUCUUUUUCGUUUUCAUUUUCAUUUUCAACUUGUAUGCAAAUUCAAUGUUAAUCAAUGGGUGGCGUUUACUUGCUUAAAAAAAGGGGAUUGGCUGAAGCAGCGUUGCCAACUCAGCGACUGUGUUGCUAAAAUAGCGACUUUAUUGCUACAUCUAGCGACUUUUAGGCCCAUUUAGACAAACUUAGCGAAUGUUUGGAUGAAUCUUAGCUUCACAUCUGUACAGAUAGGCUACUGUGUCGCUUGUACUGGCCCACGAGUGCCGGGUGGCGCUGUCCCGGUGAAAUGUGCGUCUGGUGUCUCUGUGCAUGGAGCUGGGCAGUGUAGGAGCUGACGCGUGGAUGGGAUUCGCGUACAUUGUUUACAUUUCAAAGGAGGAACAAACAAUAAAAAGUGGCUGGUCCGCUGUUAUAUAUGUGCGUAUUUUCACACAUCUGGUCCGGUGAGGCGUCAGUUUAACGAGCUGAUACACCGACCAGUCACUUACUUUUAAAUGAACAUUAUCUGUUUAUUUAGCCUAUGUGUUGUCUGUACAAGUAUCAGAACUUGCGUCCUCUGUGAAAUGCGAGUCUCUCGGAGUCUUUUGUGUACACUGCACUGGACACAACAUACAGUUCUUCUGACCAUAAGGGCUGUGAUGACAUCACAGUAAUACUGCAUCACUGCUGUAAUAAGAUGCCAGCUGCAGUGAUGUCACGGCCGCAACCUUAUAAAGCGCGUCAUGCCCAAGUGCUCUGAUUUCUUGAACUGUACCAACUCACUCCCUGGUUUCCCUGCGCGAAUAACAACAUCUCUGCAAGGAAAUGUCAGAGCCAUGCCCAUGAAAGUUAAUGUGCAAGGAGUCCGAGCCACGCGCAUAUUAAGCUUUCUCAUUCAAGGAGAAGCACUGUGCUGGUGAUGAUGAUAAUGAUACCAUAAUAAUAAUUUAAAACUAUAAAUGGGCAAACAUGACAACUAUCGUUAUGAAGGCAGGAGCGCGUAUACUGACAGCACAACUCGUUAUUUGGUUGAUGCUGUGCUUAUAUCUGGAGCUACUGUAAGCGAAUUUCUGAAAGCAAUGAUUGGAGUAUCCAUAAGUUUUGCGCAGUUAUUUACGUAAUGAUGCAAUUGUCGAUUUCGUUUUGUAUCCACUUUGAGAAAAUCUAAUUAAACAUACUAACAAUAAUAACAUUAAAUAAUAUUUAUUUUCGAUAUCUUUUGAGUUUAAUAUCAAUUAUGGAACAGUUUUUGUCAUUGUUUGUAACCCAUUUUUUGUACAAUAAAUUAUUAAGAGUUUCAACAUGUUUGGAGAAGUGUGUUUCUAUUCACGGAGAGUUUACCGAAAAUGAAUGUCUAAAGAAAUAGGAAUCAGGUUUUGCACAACUCAUCAGAAACAAUCUUAAACUCUGCAUGUUCUUUCUGCAGGUUUUCAGGUUGUUAUUCUAUGAAAUGUUUUGUAUAAAAUGGGUUAUAAACGAUGACAUAAAAGGUCUAUAAAUCAUAGUAUAUUCAAAAGAUAUAAAAAACAAAAGUUAACAUAUAGAAAUACAUAUUAUUUCACAUUGUUAUUGCUAAUAUAAUUUGUUGUUUUAAUAAUAUGGGGUGGGUUGUUGUGCUAACAGUCUAACCGCGUGAUUCUGUUGCUUCUUCACCACGGUAAAAUAAAAUCCCGUACGGUCACAGCCCUACUCACAAAUCAGCGUUACAAAUGAGGACCACUUACAAAUAUGCCACAAAGGCUGAAGGUCUGCUCUGCCAGUGUGCCCGCUGCAAAAGUAAGUGACUGGUCACUGUAUGUCCAUUUUCAUGAAAUGCAUACAAAUAACACGCAGUGUGAUUAUAGUGCUAUAUAUACGCCAAUUUUGCGAGCAUAUGAUACUCCAGUCCUUCACGGAUUUUGGCAUAAUUAUGUAUUGCACGAUAAUCACACUGUGCUAUGUGUAUGCAUUUGAUGAGAAUGGCUGAAGCCUCACCGGAUCAGAU